AUGCUGGAUGAUGAUGUUGUUGAUGACUCCGAUGACUGUUAUGACGAUGAUGAUGAUGAUGAAGAUGAUGAUGAUGAUGAUGAUGAUGAUGAGGAUGAUGAUGAUGAUGAUGAUGAUGAUGGUGACGAUGAUUCGGAUGACAAUGAUGAUGAUGAUGGUAUAGAACAUGAUGAUGAUGAUGAUGAUGACGAUGAUGAUGAUGAUGAUCCUUCGGAUGAUGAUGAUGAUUAUGAUGAUGAAGAAGAUGAUUCGGAUGGUGAUGAUUCGGAUUAUGAUGAUGAUGAUGAUGAUGAUGACGAUGAUUCGGAAGAUUCGCUUGAUGAUUGUGAUGAUGAUGAUGAUUUGCAAGAAUCGGAUAAUGAAGAUGAUGUUGAUGAAGAUGAUGAUGAUGAUGAUGAUGAUGAUGAUGAUGAUUCGGAUGAUGAUGAUGAUGAUGAUUUGGAUGAUGUAGAUGAUGAUGAUGUUGAUGAUGUUGACGAUGAUGAUGAUGGUUAUGAUGAUGAUUAUGCUGAUUCGGAAUAUUUGGUUGAAGACGAUAAUGAUGAUUAUUCGGAUGAUGAUGAUGAUGAUGACGAUGAUGAUGCGGAUGAUAAUGAUGAUGAUGACCUGGCUGAGGAUGAUGAUGAUAUUUAUGAUGAUGUUGAUAAUGAUGAUGAUGAUGAUGAUGAUGACUCGGAUGAAUGGCAUGACGAAAUUGAUGAUGGUGAUUCAGAUGAAUUGGAUGAUGAUGAUGAUGAUGAUUCGGAUGAUAAUGAUGAUGAUGACCUGGCUGGUGCUGCUGAUGAUGAUGAUGAUGUUUCCCAGGAUAAUGAACCUGAUUAUGCUGAUUGCGAUAACUCGGAUGAUGAUGAUGACGCUGAUGAUGACGAUGAUUCGGAUGAAUCGGUUGAUGAUGAUGAUGAUGAUGAUGAUGAUGAUGCCGAUGAUGCCUCGGAUGAUUCGGAUGAUGUUGAUGAUGAUGACUUUGGUGAUGAUGAUGAUGACGAUGAUUCGGGUGAUGAAAAUCAUGAUGAAGAUGAUGAUGAAUAA